CAUGCAUGCAUGUGUGGGUGUGUGUUUGUAGGUGUGUGUUUGUAGGUGUGUGUGUGUGUGUGAGUAGCACUGGUAGGCUCAGGGCUGGGAUUUCGGGUUAAAUAUUCAAAAUGGCGGACGGAGGAGCAGCGAGUCAAGAUGAGAGUUCAGGACCAGAUGCUAAAGUGAAUAAUCAGUCAGAAACUACUAAAUGUGCAAUGGAAAGUGGUGACGAGAACACCGGGAUCCAAAUCAAUGGAUUGGACUUUCAGAGGCAUACGGUGCCAACCACAAGUGCAAUCACUAAUGCACACGCACAAGCCCUCCUCCAACAGUUGACCCUGACCCCAGCGCAUCAGCAGUUGUUGAUUCAGCAGGCUCAGGCUCAGCUCCUGGCCGCCGCCGUGCAUUCAGCCAGCCAGCAGAACAACGGGGCCAGCAUCUCAGCCUCUGCAGCCACCCCCAUUACCCAGCUGCCCCUGUCGCAGCCCAUCCAGCUCGCUCCGCAGCUACAGCAGCAGAAUCUCAGUAUGCCACAGUUCCUUCUGCUGCAGCCUGGCCACCCGAUCGCUACGCCGCUGCAGUCCACUCAGUUCAUCAUCUCACAGACGCCGCAGACCCAACAGAGCAUAUUGCAAGCCCAGAGUCUUCUAACUCAACUACCUCAAAGCCAAGCUAACCUCCUGCCGACUCAACCAAGCAUCACCCUUGCACCUCAGCCUGCAACUCCAACCCGCACAACAGCUGCCACACCUAUUCAGACCCUGCCCCACAGUCAAUCACCACCCAAACGGUUGGACACCCCUACUCUGGAGGAGCCAAGCGAUCUGGAGGAACUGGAACAGUUUGCAAAGACCUUCAAACAGAGGCGUAUCAAACUGGGCUUCACACAGGGGGACGUUGGCCUGGCCAUGGGGAAACUGUACGGAAACGACUUCAGCCAAACGACCAUCUCUCGCUUUGAGGCCUUGAACCUGAGCUUUAAGAACAUGUGCAAACUGAAGCCACUGCUGGAGAAGUGGCUCAACGAUGCAGUUUGUGCAGAGAACCUGACAUCUGACCAGGCCCUGUCCAGUCCCAGCGCUCUGGGCUCCCCCAUGGGCAUCGAGGGCAUCAACCGCAGACGGAAGAAGAGGACCAGUAUCGAGACCAACAUCCGAGUGGCCUUAGAAAAGAGCUUUCUGGAGCAGAACCAAAAACCUACCUCUGAAGAGAUCACCAUGAUCGCCGACCAGCUCAACAUGGAGAAGGAGGUGAUCCGGGUCUGGUUCUGCAACCGCCGGCAGAAAGAAAAGAGGAUUAACCCCCCGAGCAGCGGCAACAGCGGAGGAGGCAACCCCAUCAAAACCAUCUUUACUCCCAGUAGCCCUUUGGUGGCCAGCACAGCAAGCCUUGUGAACAGUCCAACUAUUAACACACCCACCACUCUGACUGUAAGCACAGUGAUGCCUCUCACCAGCAACAGCGUCUCCAAUCUGUCUUUCACAGGCACAAACACGGCGUCCGUUAUCUCCACAGCACCCGUGGUCACCACCACAACCAGCUCCCCAUCUUUAAGCCCGUCGCCAACGACAAUUCAGUCCACACACACCACAGAGAGCAAGCUCGGCACCCAAUCACACACCAUCCUCAACCACGUCCCAACAUCACUAGCCACCACCUUAGGGACGAGCCAGGUGAUGGUGGCGUCUCCGGGGCUGUCUGCGGCGCUGCAGGGUGCUGCCCAGUUACAAACCAGUGCUAGCUUUGCCGCUAUGGCCGCUGCUGCUGCAGGGCUCAACCCGGGACUGAUGGCCUCCUCCCAGUUCGCUCCAGGGGGGGCCCUGCUUAAUCUGACUCCUGGUGGCCUCAUGAGUAACAGCACCCUGGCUACCAUUCAAGCUCUGGCAUCAGGCGGCGCAAUUCCCAUCACCUCUCUGGAUGGAAGUAACCUGCUCUUCGCCAACACUUCUGCCGGUAACACGCCCAACCUGGUGACCACGCCGCUCUUCCUGAACCCCCAGAACCUGUCGCUGCUCACCAGCAACCCCGUCAGCCUGGUGCAGGCCGGGGCAGGGGGGCUGCACGUCACCACCGACGCUCAUCAUCAAGCCACCACGGCCGCCGUGCCUGUGCAAGCCUCGACCAUAACCACUGCCUCCAAGGCUCAGUGAAGCCGGCCGGGGGCGGUCCGGCGUCCUGAAUGAACGCCCUGUUCCUUGCGUCGUGCACUACUCUUAUCACACCACGUAGGGAGCAGGGGAAUCUGUAGGCUUCACUAACCACCCCACGUUCUUUCCAUUGUAUCUAUCAUUAUUUAAUCCUUUCUGCUGCCACCAAAAAGAAAGCAGCCUCAGAUGAGGUUGUGUUUUUUUUUUUUUUUUUGGUUUGUUUCUUGUCUUUUAUUUUAUGAUCGAUGGAUGUUUUUUUUUGUUUUUGUUAUUUUCCACAAACAGUAGCCAGAUGGACUCUGUUGUUGGCCUGUUUUGCUCACGAACCUUGACAAGUGUCCAGGAAGGAAAAAAAUCUCCUCGGCACCAUCAAGCUUUUCACAUUUUGUACAUAUAUAUCCUCCUCUUUCCAGGUCAGAGUUUUCUCUGAAAUACUUCUAACCAAAAACUUUAGGAUUUUUCUCUUUUAACAUUCAAACUAAACUGAUUUUACUACGAAUUUUACAAUACUCAUCAUCACUAAUGGGGGUUUGUGUGUCGCCCCAUCUUUACUUAUCUCUUUUUAGUUUGUUUGUUUUGACAGGCCUUGACGUAAAUCAUAUCAAAUUUGUAUUGUAGAGACCUUUUUUCUUCAACUUUUGCUGUCUAUAUUUUUGACAUUCAGAACUUUGUAAGUCUAAUAUUAAGUUAAGAGUUAAAUAUCAAUUUUUAAUCGUGGUUAUAAGGCUUUAAAAACAAGUAAUAAGUGGCCGAUAUAAAGGUUAUCAUUGCUUUAAGAGCCGGAGGGACCAUUGGGUCUCUCUGAGUCUCUCUUUCUGGAAACACUGACUUUUACACUUUGCUGCAGUGGCUAAGUAUCCGAGCAGCUUUUGUAAAACGGCGGUCUGGGUGCGGAUCAUUGACACUGAUGGAAACUUACUGAAAACGUUGCAGUGAGAGCUUUAAAAAGAGCUGCAGGCAUGCAGUCCUGUGUCUGAUUGAGGGUGAUUUGUUUUGGAUGGUGGUCCAAUGGAUAACUGUAUAUUAUGUUUGGGUUCAGAGGUAGAAACUUAAAGUCUGCAUGUGUUGUCUUCAGCUCAGGCAGAUACUGAAGAGUUCAGUACCUGCGUGAUCCACGAGGCUCUGUGGCUGACCGGUCUGUUAAUGUGAGGACUCGUCAGUCGUCAUGGCCUUCAUACCAAAUGUUUGGUGGCUUUUGGCUCGGUGGGGUUGUCGUGUUGUGUUGUUUUCUUUUUUAAUAGUAGUACCGUCGUAUCUACUUGUGCACAGUAUCUGUACCAAAAAACUGGAUUGAUGAGCUGCAGUCUGCCUGUUUUGAAUGAACUUCUGUCUUUUCUUUUUCCUGUCUGCAGUCAUCUGACUGGCUUACGUACUUUAAGAUAUACCAAAAAUAUUUGUUAAAAUAAUUGCUGUGUAGUCGGUGUAGCUUAGUCUAGUCAACAUAUUUAUGAGUACAGAAUCUCACUUCAUCGUCAACAGUAUAUAGAAAUGCAAUAUUUUGAUGAUAAUUUCCAAAGAUGACCUUUUUUGUUGUUUUUUUGAAUUUGACAAAGUGUCUCAUGGCUCAGCUUUUCGAUUGGCAGCACAACUGACCAAAAAAAAAAAAAAGGGGGUUGUGGGGUUGGGCAUGAGACAGAAGUUUCUUUUUACUCUUUAUGAAUUGGUUUUUAAUACUGGGGCCUCGCCCCUAAUGCCUGAUCCUGGUUUUCUUUGGGCCAUUUGAUGGCUCCUUUUCCUUUCGACAGUUUCAGUAGCAGUUUUUGGCUUUUCUGAAGCAUAGUGGAAAGCUUCUGUUUUUUGGUUUUGUACUAAGAUUCAGCCAUAAAACAACAGCUUGAACCAAAGUGGAUUUCCUCAGUAGUUGCUGUGCCUGUUCCAGCACGGAAUAUGUGUACAAAUGACUCCACACUGCUGAUAAAUGAUUUUUAUUUUCUCCCACUUUCACGGUCAACACCUGAUAUUCCUGAUUUGGUGCUGCUGGAUGAGGAUUACACAAACUUAGCUUUAACAACCUGCUGCUGGUGCUCCUGGUGGAGCUGAGCUGUUGAGAGGCCUGCAUGCUUUCUUAUAGCUUUAUGACUACAUCCUGUGAAAAUCAGGGUUUGUAGUUCUUUUAGACCCUUCUGUGUGGAGGGCUCAUUUAUGUAAAUGCAUAGUUGAUCAUCAGAUAACAUGCUCCCGCUUCCUCUCUGCGCCACCAUUUUGAACCAGCAUGCUACGAAACAAUAUGCUGCUCCCCUAAAUCUGUCCGUGGACUCUGAAACCUGCCAAAUUAUCUCAGCCGACGCAGAGUCGGGCUAAGUGCUGUUAAUGUGCUUCACAUUCAGCUAAACCCCACAUAAAAGCAGCAGCGUUCUGCCGCUUGAAGAUAAAAAUGAAUUACAACACUGAGACUGUAAGCAGCAGAAUUUGUCCACGUCCUCCUCUUGUCUACUUCUUUUCUGUUGUUGAAUAAUUUUGACUGAAUAUACCUCAGCAGCACUUAAACAUAAGGUUCACUUUUAGACAUUUCUGUGUAUAGAACAGUGUAGAAUGUAUAAGUACUGUCUGGCUCGCCAUUCAAAGUUUAUACUGAAGAACCAUACAUAGGAAACAUACAGAAAAGGACAACCUACUACUGCUAUUUUCUAGUACUACUAUUUAUGGGGUAUUUCCAGGUUUAGAUAUUAUUUUGAGAUCCUUCUUGCCAAAGUAAAAGCCUUUCUCUUUGCAGCUAGGCGGGUGUCGGGCUGCUCAUGUUGCUGGUUUCCCUGUCUGUAAGGCCACGGCGGGCCUGUUCCUGUGCUGUCCGUACGCAGUCACUAAAGAGUCAAACGCGUGCUAGCAAGAUGAACCAGUAGCCCUCGGCACCAUAGGAUGUUACUGAAAUAUUUAUCUGAGGAAAGACUUAAGAAUUAGAGAACUGAUCUUUUCUUAAUUCUAUACAUAUAAAUAUAUAUAUAAACACUUGUAAGAUAUUCAUAUUUUAUAUUUGAACCAGUAUGUUAUCAAGACUGAAUGUAGUGUUUAUCAUGCUUACUCAAAACCCCCCUAAAUCUUCCUUUUUUUAUGAUUGCAAAAGAGCAAUUUUUGUUUAAAAAUGUCAAGACCAAAAAUAUGAGAGCAAACGUGAGACCACGCUUCGAAGGUGCGUGAGUCGCUGACACCUGUGAGGGUUUUCCUUUAUUUUUUUUAAACAGGAGAAUCUUGUUCUCCUGAAAUAUCUGAUCUUAACCUUUUCAUAGUUUUUUUUGUUGUGCUUUUUGGGUUGAGUCGUUGUGGACUUGAUUUGUUGUGCUGUCUUUAACAAUCAGUUGUUUUUUUUUAAAUAUUACUUUAUGCCUUUAACUGUUUUGUAUAGUGUGAGAGGGCAAGAUCACUGGCUUUCUUAGUUUUGACAAAAAAAGAUUAACAUUAUCAUUUAUGCCUUAUUGUUACGUAGAAGACAUGAGCAUUGUAGCAUUACUGUGUGUGUGUGUGCGUGUGUGUGAGAGAGGGCUUGAGCAUUGAGCUCACCUGGUACAUUGUUUCCACUGAAACAUUACAAUGUACUUUGGGCAUUUCAAGCGUGAUUAUGUUGCUACCUUUGUUUUUUUAGGUGUGACUCUGACAGGUGGAGGAUACCUGUGAAAAAAAGCUUUACUAAUAAUUCCAGCAGGUGUGUGUGUGAGUGAGUGUCUUAAAACGAAAGACUAGGGAGGGCAGUCUGCAAACCAUUAUGGUUUCCCCCAUCUUCCAGCCGAUAUUUAAAAGCGAUUUUAAAAAAAAGAAGAAAGAUGACUUAGAUUUCUCUUUGUCCAAUCAGGGGUCUGUAUUCGUAUACUCAAGUUUUAAAGCGAGCCAGUGAUGUUAAACACAGGAUAACUCUCUGUUCUAACUGAUGAUCUCUUUUGACACUGGCUUUGCUUUAAAGCUCAAGUAUCAUGAGAUUACACUGACAUUUUGUAAGAAUCUGCUUGUGGAUCAGCCAUCAAGUUGAUAGUAAGUUGACCCACCACACUGGUUUGCUGGUUUUGAAACGAUGACAAAGAUAGUGUGGAGUAACAGAAAGGCAAAAUGGAGCUGUUGUAUACCUCAUUUAUAACUCAAGAUUGAGUGAAACCUGCUUUAAUCUACUUAAGAAAUAAAAACAUUUAAAAAAAAAAUCUCAAAAAAGGUGAAAAUACACAAACUUGUGUCAGUGGAGAAGCCCGUUCAUACCUGUGCUUUGUGAAGGGUUGUGCAAAAAAGCUACCACAAGGGGGAGACAUGCUACAUACCAAUACUUAUGAAUGUCUGCUGUUUUUCUUUCACAGUUUGAGGUUUUAAUGCUGCACACUGAUUGGAUGGCAAUUCAAUGAUGUAACUUGAGUUAUUGUAUUUUUUCUCUCACUGUCAUUUAAAAGUUACUUUUUGUUUUGAGAAUAGGGCAUCCCUCAAUGUUUGAACACUUUAAGUUUGACAAUCCUUUUUUAUUGUUUUUGUUUUUUAUGACCAGGUCCUGGUAUGUUCAUGUCUUCCCCUCUUUGUCGCGUUGUCACAACCCGUUCUUGCUUUCCUGUGGUACCAACAUUAACCAAAGACUUAUAACUUGAUUGUAUACGAACGAAACCAUCUUCCCCUCGCCCGUCCCCGCCUCUGCCGCCCUCUGCUCAGCAUCAAAUCCCGGCUCGCACGCUCUCUCCCUCAACUUGUCUCUCAAAGCUUUUUAUUGCAUGUGAAUGUGUAUCCUGGAAAAAACAAAAAACAAAGAAAGACAAAAAAAUAUAAACAUGCUCCGGCAACCUGUCGGUGCUGCGGUUUCAGUGCCUGUGGGCGGGGACCAGAGAGGAGAGGGGGAGGGGUUUGAAACGAGGCUGAGCGGGCUUCUCUGACACACAUGAACCGAUCCGGUGGUAGCUGGGUGAUGUUUGUUAAUACACACUGUGGGUUAAUCCUGUGCACACUGUACCUGCUCAGGACUUGUGUAUGUUUGUCCAUUUUUGAGCGCUGUUGCUAGGAUGCCCAACCCUCCCUUUCCCUCUUUCUCCCUCUUUUCCUCUCUCAAAGACUGUGGUGAAAAUGCUCUUCCUGCCUCUCAUAACGAGUCUGUCUUCUCCUCUCAAUCUCUAGAGUCCUAAAACAUUACCCUGUUGUCUCCAGGAAUACACAUCCUGCAGUUGCUCAAACUCACUGCUGUCGUCCCCCCCCCCCACCCCCCCCCCCCCCCUCCCUCCUUCAUUCUCCUCUUUCCUUCAUCUCUUCACUACAGACUCUGAUCAGCUGUGACACUAUGCAUCAUGGUCCGUCUCUCUGCACGGACCGUGUCCCUCUGGCUCAGACCUCUGGCCAACGGGCUUCAGUGACACUUUGUUUAAAUGCUUUACUCCAAGUGUAGGUUGUAGGACCUCACAAGCGCUAUCCCAAAGCAAAAAUCCAAAUAUUUAACUUUUGACAAAUGCAGAUACCAAAGAUAUCUCUCUGUCCUGUGUCUCUCUCUUUGUUCCUCUCUUCCUCUCACCCUGCAGCAUGUGUAUUAAGAGACAAACCCAGCACUGGCUUUAGUCCUAGCCUCAGUAAUUCCAAAGCUUAGAUGUAUAUUUUGGUAUAUUUCUGAGAAAAACUUGCGUGAAAAAGCGUCUGUUUCUCGUUUGUUUGUUGUAAUCUCUUUUUUCUGUCACAGCAUGGAACUAAUUGCAGAACUGUCUUACUCUUGGUAGGUUAAAGAUAUAGUAUUUUUGUAUGUUUUUGGGUGUGUUGUGUGUGAUUAUCAGUUCACAGCCCAAGUGACCAUGGCUUUCAACAAGAGAAAUAAACAAAGGAAAAAAAACAAAACAAAAAACAAAAAAAAACAAGAAAAAGAAAAUGCCAACCAUGUACAUACUUUGUCUGUGUAUUUCAAGAAAUGCAUUCUGUAAACAUCUACUACUCAUGUUGUGGAAGCUUGGGCUCAUCUAAAGGAAUGUGUCCUUGUUUUUUUAUUUCCCUGUUAUCUUAUUCUGCAGUCUGAUAAAGAAAAUGUCUUUUCAGGACUCUAAUGUAUAGAGUCCUGGUAACCAUCAUGGACAGAAACACUGAGGGACACUGAUCCGACUACAAGUAAAAAAAAAAAAAACCAAACAAAAACAAUGCCACCAUCUAUGGCGGCAUAGAACUGAAAGAUUGUGUAGGAGUUUUAAGUAUGUGAAUCAGGAUACAUAGUAGAUUUUGAUGCAUUUGUCUGCUGUAUUUUUGUUUGUUUUGUUUUUAUACACAUAUAAAGAUAAUCUUUUACUGUUAAUGUACAGUUUUCUUUUGUUGUAAACAUCAUUAAACCAUUUUCCAAGUGUU